AUGCAGGACCCAAGUGAGGGCGUGCCGCACUUCCUGAUUCCACACGUGCACCUUAUCUCGUCAUGUCGCUACCCAGUUACCGCGACGCUGCCCCCCGAGUCCGUGGUCGACCAUCUUCUGCAAGCGCCCAAGAUCGUGAAAGAUGUAGCGCCGAUGUACUGGCAUUAUUUUUCCAGCCCUCCUCCGGAUGGAACUGUGUUACUCGAAUGGCAACCCCCGACGGGCCAGAAGGGGCUUAAGUUCGCGAGUGACGGAUAUUUGUGGGCUGAUCCAGAGACCACCUUCACAUAUCAGUCCCCGCGAGGAUAUACCAUAGAAAUCCUGAUACACCGGAGCGGAUACCAUCCAGGCUUUGAGCAAGUCACUGUACACCAAAGAAGCCGCUAUCGCAUAGUCAACAAGCAUCCCUCUUCCAACGGCCCAAUCUUCGAUCAAUCCUUGUGGAUCGUUCAUUAUUCUCAAUCGGAGCCUCAAGCACGUGUGCCGGUUGCUCGCAUCCCCAUCAACGCCGAAAUGCAGCGGACGAUGACUGAAAGGCGCUUCCUCGAAAGCCAGGGACAAUUGAUACGGAAGGAAUUCAUGCUGCACGACCGGCACAAAUGGCCAAACAUCAGCUUCCCGGGGAUUCAGCCCGGCCAUGCCCAGCCAGGAGCCAUGUACGCUGCUCAGCCCAUGCAACAGGCUGCUGGAUUCAGACAGCCACCGUUCUAUCCGCAGGGCCAGGGCGCGGUAAUAGGGCCUUCGCCUGCUAAGCGGCCUCGCCAGAUUCCACCAACGCAGAUGCCUGGUACUGUACCAGGAAUGCCUCCGACAGGGGCGGGUUUGGCACAUGAUACUAGCAUUGAAGAUGAGGAAAACACCGCCAUCGGUGACUUGUUGGAUCAUCUCACCCCGCGUGACAUCAGCACAAUGAGAUACACCCAACAUCAUGAAUGGAUGGAGGAGAUAUUUUCGUCGCCAUAUGCUGCGGGCCAGAUCAUGCCAGUGGACUUGGGCUUAGGUCUGAUGGGCGAGCUCUCCCAGCUCACGGAGGGCCUGUUCGACUCACCUGGUGCUCAAUCUGUUACUAAUCCCAAGAAGGUCGGUGCUUCCGCAAAGCCGUAUCAGAAGCUGGGCCCCGAAAAGUACAAGGAAUUCGAAACCCGGGUUAACAACUUCAUGAAAGACGGGGAGGCAGAGCUUGAAAGGAUGAAGGCAGAGCACGCGAAGAAGAUGGAGGAUUUGACAAGGAGCAAAACGUACAUUGAGGCCGAGCGCCGUUUGAGGGAAGCUUUAUUGGACGAUUCUCGAGGUGCUCGGAAAUCGUCAAAGGAUCAAGAGAUUGAAGCGACUGCGACCUCUACUGAACCAGUGGAUUCCAAGGUCGAUGGUGUGGCCAGAGACGUCGAGAAGGCCUUGGAGAUAGUAAUUGCACCCCGGAAAAAUGUGAAUUGCCUCGAAAAGGGCGGGCUUAUGGAGGAAAGCCCUCAAGCACAGGCUCAGGCAAACAACUCCGAAGCCAAUGGGGCGGACGCUUUCACCAACAGUGGAGAAGCCAAUGGGGGUUUGGAUGAUACGAGUAUGGAUGGGGACAACACUGUGGCAGGUCUUCUGGAGCAGUACACUUCGAACUCGUUGGUAUCCACCCCGGGUGGCAGCUCACUACAAAUGCCGUCUGCAUCUCAGCCAGAAAUCUCAGGGCAGUCUGCAACUGCAGCGUCCAGUGGUACGGCAGCCCAGCCGUCCCAAGCCACCACACUCCAAGGACAAGGUGUGUCGCAGGGGCAGACUGACCUUUCAGGUGCUGAUAGCGGCAUGGACCUUAUUGAAGGCAUUGACUUGGACGUUGACAUGACUGGCAUGGGCGGCGACCUCGGAAACGACAGGACCGGAGAUGAAUGGGUUAUGGUGGACCAGAACAACCACACAAGCUCCGGUACUGAGGCCCAGCAAAAAACCGAUGUCGCCACUGGUGGAGUAAGUGGCAACAACGAUAAUAAUGCGCCGACCACGUCUUCUGCCAACCAAGAGGGCAACGUGACAUCGGCCUCGGCCUCGGCUCCGCAAACGGAAACUACACCUGGCAUGUUCGAUACGACGGACUUCAGCGCCUUCGACACUGCCGGCGAUGCAUUGGCCGACUAUACUGGAGGAGAUGACUUGGAUUUGGGUUUGGAGGGAGAUGCUUUUGGAGACGCCUUUCACGGGACGGAGACGAGAGAUCACGAUGACGACGGUACUAAUACCUGA